AUGGAUGGUUGCAAUCCUGUCCUUACACCGAUGGAAAAACUCACUGCUCAAGGUCCAGGGAAAGCUCCUGAUUUUCCAUAUCGCUCAGCUGUUGGAGCACUACUCUACGUAGCCCGCGGAACCCGCUACGAUAUUGCGUUCAGUGUAAGUGUUUUGUCGCGACACUUGGCAAAUCCAACGGAAGAAGAUGUUGUCCGAGCAAAACGAGUAAUUCGUUACCUGGCUGGUACUAUUAACUUAAAAUCGGUAUACCAGUGUGAGCCCAAAACUCGUGUAUUAGAGUGCUACAGUGAUGCCGACUUUGCUGGUUGUCCAAACACCAUGCACUCAACUAGCGGUGUGAUCGUUAAAUUUGCAGGAGCUGCCAUCACUUGGCUCAGUCGUCGUCAGGAACUGGUUGCAGAUUCAACUUGUGAAGCUGAAAUAGUUGCAGCAAACCUUGGUUCAAAGGAAACAAUUUGGAUUUCCAGACUCUUCAAAGAGCUGAUUGGUCUAUCAGCAGUUCCUGUCCUCAGAAUUGACAAUGAAAUGUAUAAAAUGGCUACAAAAUUGUUAUUGUUAAGUUUCGCUAUAACAUCCUCAAAAUAUUUUGUAACCGCCCAAGUAUAUGUACAACAGUCCACACCACAUUUUAAAUAUUCAUUAUUCGGUGGAGGAGCAGGAGGACUAUCUGAACUAGCUGGACAUGGAUCAAUAUUCAAUCGCCGAACACCAACACCUCCAUUAACUACUCAAACAUCACCUUUUGGUCUUAGUGAACCAGCUGGAUAUUUUACAAGUGCUGCAUUCAGUGGUGGUGUAAAUACUGUAGAUUAUGGUCCUCCACCUCAAGAACCUGUCGAUACAAAUCCAAAUCGAUGUGGGGUACAAGCACCAGCAUGUUUAAAGAGCCGAUAUCGUACAUACGAUGGAUCAUGUAAUAAUUUACGAAAUCCAAUUUGGGGUACAACAAAUUCGUCAUAUGUUCGAUUAUUACCAGCCAAAUAUGGAGAUGGUAUAAGUACACCAACAGAUGCUGGUAAUCAAGAUUAUCCAUUACCACGGAUUGUUAGUAUUGUAUUAUUCCCGACGGGUGAAAGACAAGAUCCCAAAUGGACAUUGGCUGCCAUGCAGUAUGGGCAAAUUAUUACCCAUGAUAUGGCUAUGAUUGCUGGGAGUACACAAAUUAGUGCUCACCCAAUAAACUGUUGUACCGAUGAUGGUCAAUUGCUACCCAGAUCUGCUCUUCAUAAUCAAUGUUAUCCAAUUAUUAUACCUGCAAAUGACCCAGUGUUUACGGAUCGUCAAUGUAAUAAUUUUGUACGAACAAUUACUGAUUUAAGUCGGGGUUGUUUAUCCGAAAUUCGUCAAGCCGAACAACUAACGGCAGUAACAUCAUUCUUAGAUGCACAUUUAAUAUAUGGUCAAUCGGUUCAACAAAACGCCCAAUUAAGAGCAUUUGUUGGUGGUCGAUUAUUGGUAGAAGAUGAUCGUGGUAGACAAUUCCCUCCAAGUGCCAUGAACAAAACUGCAGUCUGUGAUAUUCAAUCAGAAUUAGAUGUUUGUUUCGCUUCAGGUGAUGUUCGUAUUAAUCAAAAUCCACAAUUGGCCUUACUUCAUACAAUCAUGUUACGUGAACAUAAUCGAAUUGCUGAUUACUUACAAAAAAUUAAUCCACAAUGGCCUGAUGAAUUGACAUUCCAAGAAGCAAGACGUAUCCUCAUUGCUGAACAUCAAGCAAUUACUUAUAAUGAAUGGUUACCAAUAUUUUUGGGCAAAGACAAUGUUUUACAACAUCGAAUUAUUUAUCAAACUAAUCAACAUGUUGAUGAUUAUAAUGAAAAUAUUAAUCCAUCAAUCUUAAAUGAACAUUCAACAGCAGCUUUCAGAUACUUCCAUUCUGCUAUUGCCGGACAGCUUGCGCUUGUUUCACCUCAUCGAAAUGCAGCUAGAUCAAUUCGUUUAAGUGAUUGGUUUGAUCGUCCAUCAGUUGUCGUAGAAAAUUUCGAUGAUUUAACACGAGGAUUAGCAUCACAACCAGAAGAAGAAAAUGAUGUGAUAUUUAACGCUGAAAUCAAAAACUAUUUAUUCAGAGGUAACAAUAUAUUAGGCCAAGAUUUACGAUCAAUUGAUAUUCAACGUAAUCGUGAUCAUGGAUUAGCAUCAUAUAAUGAUUACAGACAAUUUUGUGGCUUACCAAGAGCACAAACAUUUGAAGGUUUCCUGGAUUUAAUAAGUAAAGAUAAUGUUGAAAAAUUGGCCAGUUUAUAUAAAACUCCAGACCAUGUAGAUUUAACAGUAGGUGGUAGCUUGGAAGCUCACGUACCAGGUGCUUUAGCUGGACCAACAUUUAUUUGUAUAAUGACUGAACAAUUCUUUAGAACACGUGUAGGAGAUCGUUAUUGGUAUGAAAAUCCUAAUGCUGGAUUUACUGUCGAACAAGUAAACGAAUUACGUAAAUCAUCAAUUUCAAGAUGGUUCUGUGAUAAUGGUGAUGCUAUUAAAAUAAUGCAACCACGAGGAUUUGAAGUCAUUUCUGCUGAUAAUCCAUUAUUACAUUGUGAAGAAUUACCGAGUGUCAAUUUGGACUUAUGGAAAGAUAUUUCUGGUGCACCCGUUCCUGGACAAAGUAAUUUACAUGAUGAAUUCUACUUUAAGAAAAAAUAAUUC